AGUACGGCCACAAAGAGUCAAAGUCACACUCUUAUUCUGAUUCUCACUGACACUGACACUCACACACACCGCGCGCGUUGUGUUGUUUGUUGCAAUCUUAGUGAAGAAGCUAACAUAAUCUAAAACAAACUAGUACUACACUUUUAACUUCACCCAUCAACCCUCAAUCUCUCUUCCAUUUCACAAUCGCAAUUCUUCCCUUUACAUCACUUACUACUUCCACAUUUAUUUCUUAAUCGUAGGUUAAGGAUCCGCGAGGUCGCCAAGAAAACGUGAGGAGGUUGUUUAUCUGAAACCAUAUUGUUUGUAGAUUCUACUAUUGGCAACAUGGAUUUAGAAGAAAGUGAAACAGAUUCAGUGAUGACUCAAGUUAGCAUAGGCGGAUUUGAUAAUGAAGUAAAGGCUUAUGAUCUUGUGUCGUUCCUGGAAUCAAGAAUUGGAUAUGUAGAUAGAUGUCGACUGAAGACUUCUUGUACUCCUCCAGAGUCAUAUCCAGAAUUUAAUAUCACUAAUACGGCACAAAUUGAAACAACAGAUGACUAUAAGAAGGUGGCGCCUCAUGCCUUUGUGCAUUUCACUUUGCAGGAAUCUGCAACUGAGGCCCUCAAUGCUUCGGGUCAAUGUGAUCUGUUUUUGCAUAAUCAGCCACUAACGGUCCUCUGUGGGCCACAAAAUCCAAACUUUCUGAAUCGAAGGAGGCGAACUGCAACUCCUUUUAAGAUGUCUGAUGUAAUUGUGGAAAUUGGGACUUUGGUUAGCCCAGAGGAGUUUGUUGUUGCUUGGAGAGGACCUGAUAAAGGGCUAAACUUUCUAGUAGACCCUUUUGACAGCAUGUGCAAGCUUUGUUUCAAUCGGGAUACUGCUUUCUCAUUCAAAGGAAUAGCCAAAACAACAGUGAUAAAGUGUGAUUUUAAGGUGGGAUUCUUGGUUAGAGAUAUAGAAGAGAUCAAAAGAUAUGAUGAUACAUCACAUCUUGUGGUUUUAUUACAUCUAGCUUCAUCACCUUUGGUUUGGUACAGAACUGCUGAUGAUGACAUUGAAGAAUCAGUCACAAUUGAUCUGUUGGAUGACGAUGAUCCUUGGAUUAGGACCACCGACUUUACCCCUAGUGGAGCCAUUGGUCGAUGCAAUUUUUAUAGAAUUUCAAUCCCACCUCGUUAUGGUGCAAAAUUGAAUAAGGCCAUGGAAUAUCUGAGAUGCCAAAGAGUGCAACGAGUUCCGCUUAAACGGCCACUUAGGAUACUUAAUGAACCUGAUUUUGGGGUGCCCAUGUCAAGUGCUUUCUUCUACAUAGAUUUUCAGAAGGACAUCACUUUUGAUAUAAUGUUCUUGAUUAAUGCAAUUGUACACAAAGGAAUAUUCAAUCAGUAUAGUUUAUCAUACAAGUUUUUUGAAUUGCUGAGAAGUCAACCUAAGGAUGUCAAUGUGGCUGCCCUGAAGCACUUAUGUUCUUACAAGCGCCCAGUUUUUGAUGCAGCUAAGAGGCUGAAAACAGUCCAAGAAUGGUUGCUCAGAAAUCCAAAACUUUAUGAGAUCUCAAAGCAGUUCGAUGAUAUUAUGGAGGUUAGAAGGCUGGUUAUUACUCCUACAAAAGCUUACUGUAUAGCUCCAGAAGUUGAAUUGUCGAAUCGGGUUCUCAGAAGAUUUAGAGAAGUUUCAGACCGAUUUUUGAGAGUCACCUUUAUGGAUGAAGGAAUGCAGACACUUAAUGUACAUGCUCUUAACUAUUAUGUUGCUCCCAUUGUGAAGGAAAUCACAUCAAACUCCUUUCCACAGAAGACAAGAAUAUAUAAAAGGGUGAAGACAAUCCUGGAAGAAGGGUUUUACUUUUGUGGCCGAAAAUACUCAUUUUUAGCUUUUUCGUCCAAUCAACUUAGAGACCGUUCUGCUUGGUUUUUUGCCGAAGACAACAACAUAACUUGUGAUGAUAUAAGAAAUUGGAUGGGCAAGUUUAACCAGAGGAAUGUAGCAAAGUGUGCUGCGAGGAUGGGACAGUGCUUCUCAUCCACUUAUGCAUCUGUGGAAGUUGCUGCAAAUGAAGUUAACUCGAUGCUAGCUGAUGUGGAGAGAAACAAUUAUGUAUUCUCUGAUGGUAUUGGUAUUAUCACUAAUGAUCUUGCAGUUGAAGUUGCUGAAAAAUUGAAAUUGGACAAGGUACCCUCUGCCUAUCAGAUCAGGUAUGCUGGAUUUAAGGGAGUUGUAGCCUGUUGGCCUCCUAAAGGGGACGGAAUCAGACUUUCUUUGAGGCCCAGCAUGAACAAGUUUCAAUCAACUCAUACAACCUUGGAAAUCUGUGCCUGGACCAGGUUUCAACCUGGUUUCCUUAACAGGCAGAUUAUAACAUUGCUUUCUGCUCUGGAUGUGUCUGAUGGAAUAUUCUGGGACAUGCAGGAGGUAAUGAUUUCAAGGUUAAAUCAAAUGCUGGUUGAUGCAGAUGUGGCCUUUGACGUUCUGACCAAGUCUUGUGCUGAGCAUGGAAAUGCUGCAGCAAUAAUGUUAAGCUGUGGCUUCAGUCCUAAAACAGAACCUCAUCUUAGAGGCAUGUUAAAUUCUAUACGUGCUGCACAGCUUUGGGGCCUUAGAGAAAAGUCAAGGAUUUUUGUUUCAUCUGGGAGAUGGUUGAUGGGUGUCUUAGAUGAAUUGGGUGUACUUGAACAAGGUCAAUGCUUUGUUCAAGUGUCUACUCCUUCUCUUGAAAAUUGUUUCUCAAAGCAUGGCUCAAGAUUUUCAGAAACAAAAACCCUGCAAGUGGUUAAAGGUCUCGUGGUUAUAGCGAAAAAUCCGUGUCUUCACCCUGGAGAUGUAAGAGUUUUGGAGGCAGUUGAUGUCCCUGAUUUACAUCAUUUAUAUGACUGCCUUGUUUUCCCUCAAAAGGGUGAAAGACCCCAUACAAAUGAAGCUUCUGGAAGUGACCUUGAUGGGGAUCUAUAUUUUGUCACAUGGGAUGGAAAUCUCAUUCCACCUAGUAAGAGGAGCUGGACACCUAUGGAGUAUGCUGCUCAAGAAAGCAAGCUUCACACACGGCAAGUCACUAUCCGGGACAUCAUAGAUUUUUUUGUCAAAAACAUGGUGAAUGAGCAUUUGGGUUCAAUAUGCAAUGCACACGUGGUGCAUGCUGAUUGCAGUGACUAUGGUGCUUUGGAUGAGAAAUGCAUACACUUGGCCGAGUUAGCAGCCACUGCUGUUGAUUUUCCAAAGACCGGCAAGCUUGUCACUAUGCCUCCUCAUCUGAAACCAAAACUAUACCCUGAUUUUAUGGGGAAAGAGCACCACCAGUCUUACAAGUCUAAGAAAAUCCUUGGUAGACUUUAUCGACAGAUCAAAGAUGCUUAUGACAAAGAUAUUGAUGCACCUGAUUUGAACUGUGCAUCCAGUGAUAUUCAUUAUGAUACAGAUCUCGAGGUUCCAGGAUCUGCUGAUUUUAUUUCUGAUGCAUGGUAUCAAAAGUGCUCUUAUGAUGGCCAGUUAAGUGGAUUACUGGGUCAAUACAAAGUGAAAACAGAAGAAGAAGUUGUCACUGGACAGAUCUGGUCCAUGCCAAAAUACAACAGUAGGAAGCAAGGGGAACUUAAGGAAAGGCUGAAGCACUCAUACAGUGCCCUGAAAAAAGAAUUUAGGCAAACUUUUGAGAAACUGAAUUUAGAUAUUGGAGAGUUAAGCGAUGAAGAAAAAAAUUUGUUGUAUGAACAGAAAGCUUCAGCUUGGUAUCAGGUGGCAUAUCAUCCUAAAUGGGUGAAAAGAUCCCAUGAUUUGAAAGUUAAAUCCUCAGACAACCAAGAGGCAGAUAGUUUGGGGAAUAUGGUGAUGUUGAGUUUUCCUUGGAUUGCAGUUGAUUACCUAGCUCGCACAAAGAUAAGGCGCCGUAGAGUUGAAAAUUUUGAUUCAGUCAAGCCAGUUGAUUCUCUGGCAAAGUAUUUAUCUGAAAGGUUAUAGUUCUACAUUGUUUGAUCAUGGCUACAAGACCACUCUGCCACCCUUGAUCAUAGGUUUUCUUUUGACAUUCAGUUAAGCUACUUUGGUUGUUGCUAGUUUUUUUGUUUUUGUUUUUGUUUUGUAAUUUAUUUCCCAAGACUGAACUUGCUUUUGCUUUUGAGACUUCAAAUUGUAAUCUAUGCUUUUGAUACUUUUGAUUGUAAUCUGUUUAUACACAUCCAGAAUAUUCUACUGGUCAUGUUGUGGGUGUGGAUAUAUAGAUGGAAGAAAGUAUAAUGCUGUGAAACUCAGCUCAGUAUGUAAAAUUAGUAAAUUACAGUUGCCUUGCUAUUUUUGUGAACCUGGAUGUAACUCAUCUUUAUAUAAAGGUGAAAAUUUAAUGAGUCAUGUUUGUUCUUAAGAGGACUGAUUCA